UAGUCUCAAACUUAAACUCUCAACGUCGCAUUUCGUUCACGGCCAUCGACCAACAAUUGUGCGUUCAACGUGGUCUACUCAUAAGCAAUUGAAUAGCCUAAUCUUCAAAUAGUGUGCAAUAAACAAGAUUAUUAAAAUAAAAAGGAACAAAAAAAACUGAGUGAGUUUUGAGGGAGGGCCAUUGAAUCACGGUCCCCCAAAGUAAUUUUGCGUGUGAAAAAUCCGUCCCAAGUGGAAGGAGUACAUCAAGCUAUCGAUUUAGGGAGGGCCUACACAAUCCCUCCCAUUUACAAGCGUUCAACGGCCAGCAACAUUUCAUUUGAGCGAGGAGAAGAGUUUACCGUAACAACAUCAUGCAACCGGAAGGAGAAUCCGUCAUGUGUUUCUCAUGGCGUGAACGUGCAGCCUGUGUCGACGGCUAUGGUGAAAACCGUUGUUAUGGAGUCAUUGGAGACGCCGGUGAUGGAAAUGAAGGAUCCCUGGGGUUCACAAAUUGUGAAAAGUUCGUCAAGCAACGAGGAAGAGAACACAGCAUUUUCUAUUUGGGAGGAGAAUUAUCAAGACCUGAGCGACUUCUGUAUGGGAGCGUUCCAGGGACAAUGCGCUUUUCUUAUAGGUGAAUCUGAGACAACAGGAUAUAUAGGCGGGAAAAUGGACGAUAAGAGCGUUUCAACGACUUCGGGGACAGCUGAAGUGGGCCAGGGGGUAACUUACGGGUGUAAAACAUUGGGGGAGAACAAAGACAUAAUAGAUGCUGCGAGGAAUAUAUUUAACACGCAAAUGACCCAUAAAUACGUACCCAAGGAGGAGAAAAUUGACGAGUCUGUAGAUAUGCCGGACGUUUGGUUGGAUUCACCUAAAUCAUCAAUUGCAUUGAGAACCGACGAGUGGAUUAAGUUGGAGGAUAAUGAGAAGGUUGAUGAGCCUCACCAGAGAGAGAACUGGGAUGGCGGUAUUAAUACAUUCGACAAUACUGGACUAAAUUCGUUCGAUCUUCUAUCUUACUUGUGUGAUGAUGAAAUUCAGUCGCCAGAUGGUAGUGUUUCAACAGAUUCAGCCAGUGUACCCACCCAAAACCUGUUUCAACAUUCAACAUUGAACCGUGUAGAGCCAAUAAAAGUUGAUUGUAAGCCGGAAACAAUUACAUCCAUAAAUAUAUUAGGCUCAAGUACACAAUUGGACACAGAGCCAUCCUCAUCAAGAGUAACAAGAACGAGGUGUAUCCCGAAAAGAUUCAAACCUGAGCUGACGAUCGAGCCAUCGUACGCAAGGACGACGAAUCGAGGCAAGAAACGAUCUCUAGAGAGUGAUUCAGAUGACAGAAUGUCAGACUGUAGCUAUCGAGAGAAUAGAGAAAAGAAUAACGAGGCAUCACGAAAGUCUAGGAUGAACAAGAAAGCGAAAGAAAGUGAGAUGAUAGCGAGAGCUGGACAGCUUGAGAAAGACAAUACACUUUUAAAAAUGAAAGUUGAAGAACUUGAGAAAAUGGUUACGUCCUUGAGGGCUGCUAUAUUGAGAUCAGCAAUGAAGAAAUAAUUUCAUAUUUACCAUAAUAUCAACAAAUGUUUUCUUAUUUUAAAGCUGCACUUGUUAUGAGUAGUUGGAAGUAAUACAAGAAAAAUGGGAUAUUUUGCUUAAUUUUUUCCGUGGAAUUUCACACAACUAUUUAAUAUAGCCAAAAGUUUAUGAGCAGAAUUAUUUUUUAUAAAAACAUAUGGGUAAGGGGGUUAAUGCAUUAAUUUGGGAAUUAGGUGUGGAUAAUUUUAUCAGGAUUAUUUUAUCCCAAAUUAUUUUUGCACUCUUUUCGCGUAUUGAGGAACGGAAGACAUAAAUUUUGAGGGAAUCGAGUGUUGUUUACUAUUGUUGCCUAUAUUUUAAGCUCUUUUGCAAUGAUAGGUUUUAUGAUGAUUGAAUAUCGCUUUUUUUUAUUGUCAGCGUCGAUUUGAUUAUGUUAAAGAUUUUAGAAAUGUAAAAACAAAAUAUUUGCCAUGUUGUAUAUCUAUCUUGUCAAUAAAUGCAUGUUUCCAUCAUCAAUUAAA